AUGUCCUGGAUUCGAGCACUCAUCCUGUUCUUGCUCUCCACCCUCCUCAUCCUCACCUUUUCCAGGGUGGUGAGAAGUGCAGCAGUUCGGGACGACUCCAAACCAGCUGACCGUAAAGACGCUGCACGGCAGGUGUUCAUGCACGAGUCUGACGCCUCGAACUUCUUCAAACGCCGUAGUCGCCGUUCACCCAAGUACUACGCCGAGGUCCAAGCCGAGCAGAGAGUGAAACGUGCGGCCAGCGAGCGACGGAGGGAGUACAACGAGGAGCAAAGGAACGAAUACGAGAACUACGUCGAGGAGGAUCGAGAUGAGUUGAACGAGAGAUCGAGGGAGACGAACGAGCAGCUGCGAGAAUAUCACUAUGAUGGUCUCUACCCUCGGUCCUACUGGUUUCACUGA